AGAGAUAACUGAUUCCCCGUCCCCUUUCGUCUCUCCCUCACCUACUGCUUCUUCCUCCUCUCACCCAAAAUUCCCCUCCUGCGGCUAUCCAAUUCCUUGCUAGAGUUCAGGUCAUUACAUGCCCGCCGGGGAUGCGGCUCUUGUGCUCGUCAAGGUCGUCCUUCCUCCGGUCCCUGUCCCAGGACAAGCAGAAGCAGCAGCAGCGUCAAGUCGCAGGACCCGACGGCGGCGGAUGAGGAGGAGGACAUGGACCCUUGAUGGUCGCCCCCCACGACCUCUUUUCUUCAUCGACGCCAAGGACGACCCAGCCAGCCAUCAAGCAAGCAAAACAAAGUGCACUAUGCUGCAGAUCGAGCACGCCAUCGGAUGGAUCCAUCAAGGGCUUCUUGGAAUUGAAGGUGCCGGGAGAGGAAGGCUGCCUGCUUGCCCGACGACGCGCUUCCACUCCACUGAUUGGUUCGUCGUAGGACAUGAUGGAGGAGGAGAAAGAUUCUCCCGCUGGCCUGCUGAUGGGUUCGUCCGAGCAAGACCUCUUCUCUUCAUCAACACCAAGAGCGACCACAACCAACACUCAAGCACAGGUACCCUCCUCAUCCCCACCAAAUCUGUUGUCUUGUUAACCUGGGAGUGUGUGGUGCGCACAUCGCGUUUGAAAUUAGGAUGUACAACUAGUUUCCAAAACCUGGAGUAGCUAGUAAUCUCCUUAGUUGUUGAACAGGGCUGCAUGAUUUGUAUAGCAUCGAUACACACAUUCAUGGUCCAGCCCCUGUCUUUUUUGUUUCAGCUGUAACAGACUCAUCAAGUGAGCUAGCUAGUUUCAUUAACCUCCUAUGGAUUUAUUUGCUCUAUAGGAAAGAAAAUCUAAUAUGCAUGCUUCUAGCUUUUAUGCUUGGAAAUAUUGUAUAUAUAUACAGAGGCGUUUCUUCUAGUUUGCUGCUGUAUAUUUAACAUUCUUCAACUGUCUAACUUGUAGUGCUCAAUCUCUGUGAUCAUUAUUUUAUUGCUUCAGCAAAAAAACUGGGUAUUGUAUAGCAAUCAAAUGAUGUGCCAAUCGAUGGCCUCAUUUGGCUCUCGGUAACUCCACUGAUGAUAUAUUGUUGCCAUCUCCUAAGCUUGUUUGUGCUACAUGCCUGUUAAGUUAUCCAUUUCUUCCGCUAUGCUCUGCUGUACGUGCAACCUUUAAGUCCUCUUGCAGCUAUGAAACUUAAAGUGAGCCAUGAGUUGGGCUGGGAAGCCUCUGCCUCUCACUUGUGAGAUCAACAUUGAUGUUGAUUUGUUCCUGUGUAGAGUACAUACAUACUGGAUGGAUACAACUCUUGUUCUUUUUAGCAAAUGGUUUCAGUUUAGAGUAAGUAUAGGCUCAAUUAUGUUGACUAGUACUUGAUACUGCUGCUGUCACAUACCACUUGUCAGAUACUAGAACAUUGUACUAUACUAGUAUACUUGUACUGAUAUGCUUAAGCAGAUUUACCUUGUCUUUGCAACUGGCUAUUUCGAGAAGAAAAAAUGCAGUAUAUUUAUUUAUUCAUUGACCAAAUGUAAC